AUGUUAUGUAGAGGUGUCGCUGCUUGGAGCAAUUUACACUGCAGCAGGCCUUUUGCAAUAAUCUUCCUCCAGGAAUCUACAUUACCUCUGAAAGAUGACAAGAGAAAAUCGGUAGCGGAAGUACAAGGUAAAUUGCAAGACAAAGUGCGUUCACUGUUUCGCAGGGGCGUUGUCGAACCGAAUAACCUUAGUUAUCCGAAUAAAUAUAUGAGACCUGAUUUUGAUCCUCAGGCAGAACUCAAGGAUAUUGUCAUGGAAAUGCCUAGCUUUUUGUGGAACAGUUCUGUGGAAGUAAUUAAAGAAAUAAAAGGUAAUUUUGGAAUCUACAAGCCAAAUAUCCUUGAAGAUUUGGGCAAUCUCCGACAUGGCCAGUUUCGAAAGGAUAUCUUGUUCAAAACGCCAGAGUCAUUUAAAUUUUGGCGGUGUGGCGCUGAUUCGGAUAGUAAUGAAGGAUUUUCAAAAUGUGAAUUUAUACCUACCGACCGGAAAACGGCAUUAUUCAGAGGUACAUUAAGCACAGAGCUAAUAAAGGAUGGACGAAUUGAACGGGCAGGAUGGGCAGCUAUUAAAUUCGAAGAAAGGGGACCCUUUUUCAAAAAAAAAUAUUUCAGUAAAUGGUCAAAUUAUUCUCAUUUCCUUAUAAAGUGCCGUGGUGAUGGGCGUACCUAUAAAAUUUCUUUGAAUUCACCGCUUUUGUUUGAUAUUAGCUGGGGUGAUGCUCACAGUUAUUAUUUGCAUACUCAUGGAGGGCCCUAUUGGCAGUACGAAACAAUUCCCUUCUCGAAGUUUAUCCAUACUGUACGCAAUCGAAUCAUGGAUAAGCAAUAUCCAAUAAAAAAUAUUAAUGUCAGCUCAUUAAUUAUAAUGUUGAUGGAUAGAAUUGAUGGAGAUUUUUCGCUUGAAAUUGAUUACAUUGGUGUGGUACAUGAUAGGAGUCAUCUAGAGGAACAUUCUUAUGAAGCUUAUCAAUUGCCGAUAUUAUUCACUGAAGGCACAUAG